AAUGGCAACCACCAAAACAGACGCACGUGGAAGAUUCCAGUUAAGUGGAAAAACAACAGAAUUAACUACAAUCGAUGUACAGUUGAGGAUUUUUCAUGACUGUGAUGACGGAAUAAUGCCCUGUCAACGAAAAGUAACUUUUAACAUUCCCGACUCUUUUGUAACCAAUGGAGCUGUGCCUUCAAAAUUUUUUAAUAUUGGAACUAUUAAUAUGCAAAUUGUCUUUGAAAAUGAAGCUAGAUCUUGUAUUAAUUAA